GAUGAAAGUCAUGCAGUGUGCUAUCCUCGUUUUGGUGCUGACCUCCCUGACCUCAGCCUUCAACCUCGAACCUCGAGAGUCGAUCAUCUUCAGCGACAAGACCAGAGGCCAAGUUCCCGAAGGGCGGGAGUCCUACUUCGGGUUCUCAGUGGCUCUUCACCACCUUGCUAAAGAGAGGGCGACCUGGCUAGCGGUGGGUGCCCCAAGGGCGAAUUCCUCAUACUACAACUCAGAUCACAUCACAGAACCCGGAGUCAUCUUCAAGUGUGACCUCAGGAGUCAAGAAUGCGAGGAGCUUUUCAUUGACCAAGAAGGAAACAGCGUGUCCGGAGGACAGUCCAGCGAAUUCCAUUACAUGGACCUGAAGAACGGCGGAUGGCUCGGGGGGUCGUUGGACUCACAGCCAACUUACCAAGCUGGUCGUCAAAGCCUUGGGGUAUGCGCGCCGAGGUGGAAGAACCAGUUGUAUCGAGAAGCUUAUCUGAUGAAUGGCGUCUGUUAUUGGCUGAAUUCGUCUCUCCCAAACGCACCUGCGCAUAAAAUGAUGCCGCUCGUGCAGUUCAACAAGCAGACUACUCCUAUAGGCGGCGGGAAGAGGCUGUAUUUUUACUCCCACGGUGGCGCUGGGUUGUCCAUUCACUUCCCAGAAAACCCGACGGAGAUGAUAGUGGGAGCUCCUGGUGUCUUCAACUGGCAGGGAACAGUUAUCCGUUUCAAGGACGCAGGUCUGCCUCCCAUUGGCGAAAUCUCUCGCCGUCGCCGCCGUCGUCAGACACUUGUUUCAGAGCAUCAGAUGUUUUCAAGUCAUUUUGUGCCGAACCCAUACUACACGUCGAGCAUAAAGGACUUUGACCUUUUGGGCUACUCUGUGACGUCCGGCCACUUCUUGUCAACGGAUGAGAUACUCUACGCAGCAGGAGCUACUCGCGGAGCCAACUCUCUCGGGAAGGUGCUUCUGUUCGCCUUUCCUCGAAUUGAAGAAACGAGCCUGAUUGUGAUCUACGAGUGGGUGGGGACGCAGAUCGGAGAGAACUUCGGGGCAUCCCUUGCGGCUGCCGAUGUCAAUGGGGAUGGCCUCAGUGAUCUGGUGGUUGGCGCCCCCAUGUUCUUUACGCCCGACGCCUCUGACAUGGGGAAGGUCAUGGUUUAUAAAACCUCCAUAGAAAAAGGUGAAGCCACAAUAGAAGUAUCCGACAGACGUUACUAUGGAAGUGCCAAAGCCGGAGCGAGAUUUGGCACCACACUGGCUGCUUGUGGAGACCUCAAUCAAGAUGGGUACGAAGACAUAGCAGUGGGAGCCCCUUGGGAGGACGGUCACGGAGCUGUGUACAUCUACCUCGGGUCUCCACAAGGCCUGAGGUCGAAGUUCUCCCAGCAUCUCCUGCCGCAGCACUUCUCUGCGCCUUUCUUGGGUUUGGGCAUGUCCAUCUCCAGAGGCAUUGAUAUCGACGGCAACGGCUAUCCUGAUCUGGCCAUCGGCAGCUUCCUCUCCGGCCAUGCUGCAGUGCUGAGAAGUCGUCCUGUGGUGACUGUUAGGGCGUCUGUGACUUCAAGGCCAUCAAGUGUAGCUCUCAAUGACACUUCGCUCCAGUUGGUUGUCUGCUUCAACCAAAUGGGUGUCAAUGUUCCUUCGCAAAUUGGUAUCAAGGGUAACAUCACGUUAGACCACAAGUUCCCUUCCCCCCGAGCCUUCUUCCCCGACACCAACACGUAUAUCAAGACGUUCAGCCAAACCGCGGUAGCAGGAGACCAGAGGUGUAAAGAGUACGAGGUCAAGUUAAAGGCGGAUAAAAUUGAUGCCCGGCAACCAAUUCUGAUGAAAGCCGAGUGGGAGUUGGACCAUGCCCAGUCUUCUGACCUUCUUUCUCUACCAAUAACGGAUCCCGGUCUACCUGUCAGCGCAACGGAGCACGUUGGUAUAAUUACAGGUUGUGAAAAGGACGGCGACGAGACCUGCCGUGUGGAUCUGCGAGUUGAAACCACAUUAUCCAACCAAGAGACGGCUUUUGUGAUUGGUGGUGAAGACAAACCAACCAUUACGGUGAGCGUAUUCAACACCGGAGAACCUGUUUUCCUGCCCAACGUUACAGUCAGCGUGGAUUCUCCCCUCGCCCUCAUGCUUCCCAACACACACAGCUGUAGCUUCCCUAAUGCAGACAACAGGACCUUCCUUGCAUGUCAUCUCAGGAACCCAAUUAUGCCUGACGAGAAGGAUGAGAUAAAAGUCACAAUAGACAUCAGUGAGCUGGACGACCGGGCCAGCAGCAGCGCCAUCAGAGUGGAAGUGGCAGGCGAAGGCACGGAAGCACGCCCUCAAGAUAAUGCCGCCGCUUUUGCCCUAAACAUGGGCGCCCAAGCGUCUUUGGAACUUCAUGGGUAUUCCAAAGAAGAACAGAUUUUGUACCAGCGUCUUGAGGAGAACAAAAUCAACACGACCAUAACACCAAAGUUUCUGCAUUACUUUUCGUUGGUGAAGAAAGGACCUACUCCUCUUGGCGAAGUGGAGCUUAUUGUGGAUAUCCCAGUGAACUUUACAACCCGGGGGAGGUCUGAGACAUUCCUCAACAUCUAUACUGAAGAGACAAACUUCCAGAAUCAGAGGUUCCAGUGCAGUAUAGUAGGUGCCACAUACGUACCCGAUGAGGAACCCGAUGGAGAAGAAAUAGAAAUCCCUUUUGUCUUAACAAACAGCAGUACCCAAUUUUCAAUAAAUGAAUACCAGAAAACCUCUAGCAUGCAGAGCAAAGAAUCUUCACUUCAACCAGUCAGUCUGAACUGUUCGAAUCCUCUGGUGAGUUGUGCUCGACUCUCGUGUCUAAUCAAGUCAUGGCCGGCCUGGACUAGUUUCGCCGAUCUCACUAUCAACUUUUCUCUCAACCUCACCGUCCUAGCUAGCCACAUCUCGGCGAAGGGAGGAGCCGUUGUGAAGAGUUACGCAAGGGCAAGGAUUUUGUCACUAAAUACUCAGCUGGACUUUGUUGGGGAUAAAGAAGCGGAGUUCAUGGUGAUGACGCAAGUGCAGCCGGACAGUCUACCUGGGAGAGGCGUCCCUUGGUGGGUCAUCUUGCUGGCUGUACUGGGUGGCCUCCUGCUCCUCUGUCUCCUCGCCUACGGCCUCUAUAAGGCUGGUUUCUUCAAGAGAAAAGAACAAGAUGAAAUGAAGGCCCACCGUGCACAGAUGUCCUCCAACAACUAUGGGGCUGUUAACGACGGUAUGGUUGGGGACUAAGUGACCAGCUAAACGCCAGUACUCCUCUUCUAGUUUACCACAUGGGAUUAUCAGUCCAUCAGAUUACCAGACGUUAUGAUUAAGAGCCUAACUAUCACUAAGACCAUUCCUUAAGAAGACCCAAGAUCCAUCUAAUGUAUUUUUUUUUUUUAGAUCUUGGAAUGAGUAGGAAGCUGAUAAAAGGUUUCUUCCCUGAUGUAUUUCUUUGAGAUUUUUAUUUCCUGGUUCUACGAGAUACAUUUGAAAUAGGGGGGGAAGGUGUGAUUAUCUGUGGUUUAACGUUGAAAUCGAAUACAGUUCGCCUGAAAAGUGUACAACAAAACAAGUAAAAUUUGAAUAAUAGAUAAACACACUCACUCACACUCACACGCACACGCACACGCACAUGCACACACACACACACACACACACACACACACAUAUUUGUGUUGCUCAAAGUAUUUGAAGAGAUUAACUUUUUUUGUCUCGAGAAGAUAUACUGUUUAACACGUGGUUCUUGAAAAUGGUGUGACUGACAAUGGUAUUCUUUUCUUUUGUAUGUGAACAGUUGUAUAACAAAAUCCUCGUUGACUUCCUUAAGUUAUUUUAGUUGUGUUUCUUUUUUUAUAGAUCUGGAAUCUUUGAAAUAAACACUUUCGAAAAUA